GAAACUCAUGUUAGGCGAGUUCUACUGAUCUUGGUCGAGUUUUGUCGAUAAUUGUCUUUGUAUCUCGUCAAAUACGUAAUAGUGUAUUAAUACAUUUAUUUAUUAAUCAUCAAUUUAUGUGAAUAUUUGUGCGCACGUUUAGGACUAAGCUAAAUGGAUUUCAAAAAAAAAGAGAAACUCAAGAAAGAGGAUGUAGCUCUGACAAUGCAGGUUAAGGACACUGAGAAGCAUUAUCAGGAUGUAUACAACUCUGUGAACCAGCUUCGAGACGCCUACGGGUCUUGCAAGGAGCACUUUGCACUGCGGAGAUAUGGAGAGCUGAAGGACAUGAUAAAGGCCUGUAUCACAUAUAAAGAGAUGGGAAGUGCAGCCAAGAACUCGGCCACCAAUCAACCACAGAAGACUGGCAAAGGCAAGAUCGAGAAACUGCGUGAGAACGCUGAAAUUUUAUCUGAAGUCGCUGCCACAGAUGUAAAGGUCUCUGACCUUCGCAAAGCUGAGAUAGUCAAAGACAUCAAAGAAAAGAAAAAGCGGAAAGAAAAGAUUGAUUUGAUGCUCCCACAAUUGAAACAGCGUCUUAAUGAGCUAAAACGUCAUUACGAGGAAUCAAAACAGCACCUUCCCAUGAACAGAUAUGGCGUGAUGAAGGAAAUUAUAAAAACGUUAAUACGGGAUGAGACACUGAGAAUUGAUUGGUGUUUCAAGACAAAGGGGGUACUCAAGGCAGAGGAUGAAGCUCUGACAAGGGAGGUUUGGGCAAUUGAAAGGUGUUAUCGGGAUGUAUACCAGUUUGUGUACCAGCUGGACAUCGCCUACAAGGCUUGCAUGGAGCACUUUGUACUGACAAGGUAUGAAGAGCUGAAGGACAUGAUAAAGGCCUGUAUCACAGAUGAAGUGAUAACAAGAGUAGCCAAUAACCGCGCCAUCAACAGCCCACAGGAGACUGGCAGAUCCACCAACAGCCCACAGAAGACUGGCAGGGCCGUGAGACUGCACACUGCUGCUCAAAGGCUCUAUGAAGCCUCUGCCAGAGAUGAGGUCUCUGGUCUUCACAAAGCUGAGAUAGUCAACGACAUCGAAGAAAAGAAAAAGCGGAAAGAAAAGAUUCAGCUGAAGUUCCUACGAUUGUACAACCGUCUUGUGAAGCUGAAAAACGAUUAUGAGGAAUCAAAACAGCACCUUCCCAUGAACAGAUAUGGCGUAAUGAAGGAAAUGAUCCAACCGUUAAUACAAGAUCAGUGUCUGAGAAUUGGUUCUACAUAAGCAAGGGAGUAGAAGAUGUUUUCCAAAUUUGUAGUUUUAUGUCUUGAUGUUGUUUAUUUGUAACUUUCAAUAUAUGAGGGCAGUUUCAGGAAAGGAGCCAAUUCAUUCCAGCAGUUAUGUUAAACAUUUCAUUCAAAAAUUCUGAUUGGAAGCAGUUAUAUGUGCAGUUUUUAACAACCAACCCUUCCGGGAGGGAGCAAUCGACUGUAAUCUGCCCAUAUCUUUACUAUGGAGUAUGCUGUAUCUUAUGUUGUGUUUUCUUAAUUAUUUUAUAACAUGAAACUAUAAAGAUUAGUUAAUUGUAUUUAGACCUUCUAUAUGGAUUGUAGUCUUUCAUUCACUUAUGUCUUAUUAUGUAGGGUAAAUUGUGGUUGCGCAAUGCUCAUGAAAACCAUCUAAGGCACAUUAAGAAACAGUUGCAAGGUCACAUACCAUUCCUUUUAAGCAAGAAUUGGAUAACAUAUGCAAGUUCCUAUCAAAUGAAAAAUAAUCAGGUUUUAAGGGAUAAAGGUUGAGAAUAAACCGAAAACAUUUCAUGACAAUAAUUUUUUGUCUAUGUUCAGAGGUGUUAUUCGUCCAUGGAUUUUGGGAUUGAAAAAAACAAUCCUUCAAAGUAUUUAAAUGAACCUUGGUAUGUAUGCUAAUUUUAGAAUUAAUUUUCAUGACACUUGGCAUAUGGAACACACUGCUUAACCCUGAUUAGAGUUAAUACCCUUGAUCUAAUAGGAACCCCCCCCCCCCCCCGAUAUUAUUGCAUGUGUGACAUUAUUAUCAUGGGUAUCUGGGCUGUGUUUAAAAAUGGUAUGAGGAAGUUUAAAUGAGGAGGGUUUUUAAUUUGACUGAUACCAAAUGAUUUAAACAUGAAGUAUUCUGUUUUAGUAAGAUUUCUUAUUGACACAUCUGUUGAAACAAACUUGGAUAUGUGCAAGUACUGUGCAAUAGUAUUUGAUGAAUGACAGUGCCACAUCUUUGCCAAUUGUUUUGCAAUAAUAUGUUAUCCUUUCACUGGUAUUGGUAAUGAUUAUAUUGUCUGACAUACAUAUUAAUGUUUAAGUUUGAUUUUCCCCAUGUAUUUACAUAUAUUUACACAGCCUUUUACAUGAUCCAACAAACCUAAAAUUUAGAAUAUGUUUUAUGUAGAAUUACUUGUUACUAAUUAGACUGGUGCUUAAAAUGUUGCCAAACUUAAUACAUGUAAAUAAUAUUGUUGCGGCCUACAGAAAUUUUGCUCAUAGAAUUUUUAUU